CAGCCGGCGGUGGCCGUGGGAGCGAGCGAGUGAGCGAGAGAGGGGGCGAGGGGCGCCUAGGAGCGGGCGAGCCAGCCAGCCAGCCGGGCGAGGACCCAGCGCGCUCACUUCUCCGCAAAAAGUGUCAACUUCCCGGGAGACCGCGCCGGGCGCGCACGGUCCAGGCGUGAGGGUGGAAAGGCAGCAGGGCAUUUGGAGUCUUUAAGGAAGAAAGUCGGAAUCUUCCCCCCUUCCCCGUCCCGUCCCUUUUCUCUUGCUAAGAAUCACCCCCCCCCCCCAACUCCCCAUUAAAAAGAAAAAAAAAACUAUAACCGCAAACUUGCCCUCACCCGGUCUGGCCCCUACUCCUGGCAUCAUGAAGGCGGCCGUCGAUCUCAAACCGACUCUUACCAUCAUCAAGACGGAAAAAGUCGAUCUGGACCUUUUCCCUUCCCCGGACAUGGAAUGUGCAGAUGUUCCACUAUUAACUCCAAGCAGCAAAGAGAUGAUGUCUCAAGCAUUAAAAGCUACGUUCAGUGGUUUCACAAAAGAGCAGCAACGACUGGGAAUCCCCAAAGAUCCCCGGCAGUGGACAGAAACUCACGUUCGGGAUUGGGUGAUGUGGGCUGUGAAUGAGUUCAGCCUGAAAGGUGUGGAUUUCCAGAAGUUCUGCAUGAGUGGAGCGGCCUUGUGCGGCCUGGGUAAAGACUGCUUCCUGGAGCUGGCUCCAGACUUUGUUGGUGACAUCUUAUGGGAACACCUAGAGAUUCUGCAGAAAGAGGAUGUGAAACCAUACCAAGUUAAUGGAGUCAACCCAACUUAUCCAGAAUCCCGCUAUACCUCGGAUUACUUCAUUAGCUACGGUAUCGAGCAUGCUCAGUGUGUUCCUCCUUCAGAAUUCUCGGAGCCCAGCUUCAUCACAGAGUCUUACCAGACACUCCAUCCCAUUAGCUCAGAGGAACUUCUGUCUCUCAAGUACGAGAAUGAUUACCCCUCAGUCAUUCUCCGGGACCCUCUCCAGACAGACACCUUGCAGACAGACUACUUUGCCAUCAAGCAAGAAGUUUUAACCCCAGACAACAUGUGUAUGGGGAGGACCAGUCGUGGAAAGCUUGGGGGCCAGGACUCUUUUGAGAGCAUAGAGAGCUACGAUAGUUGUGAUCGCCUAACCCAGUCCUGGAGCAGCCAGUCAUCUUUCAACAGCCUGCAGCGUGUGCCGUCCUAUGACAGCUUCGACUCCGAGGACUACCCUUCUGCCCUGCCCAACCACAAGCCCAAGGGCACCUUCAAGGACUAUGUGCGUGACCGCGCUGACCUCAACAAGGACAAGCCCGUCAUUCCUGCUGCUGCCCUGGCUGGCUACACAGGCAGUGGACCAAUCCAGCUGUGGCAGUUUCUUCUGGAAUUACUCACUGAUAAAUCCUGUCAGUCUUUUAUCAGCUGGACAGGAGAUGGCUGGGAAUUCAAGCUUUCUGACCCAGAUGAGGUGGCUAGGAGAUGGGGAAAGAGAAAAAACAAACCUAAGAUGAAUUACGAGAAACUGAGCCGUGGCCUACGCUACUAUUAUGACAAGAACAUCAUCCAUAAGACGGCUGGUAAGCGCUACGUGUACCGCUUUGUGUGUGACCUGCAAAGCCUGCUGGGAUACACCCCCGAGGAGCUCCACGCCAUGCUGGAUGUCAAGCCGGAUGCUGAUGAGUGAUGGACAUGAAAGGGAUGGGGCGACCCUGCUGAGACCUUUCAAACAACAACUGCAUUGGUUGAACUCUUUAACUUUUAAUGGUUAUUCUAUUUUUUAUUUUGCAGAACUCAUUUUUAAAUUUUUUU